AUGAAAUUGGUCAGAUUCCUGAUGAAGUUGUCUCACGAGACGGUCAACAUCGAGCUGAAGAAUGGAACUCAGGUGUCUGGUGCGUAUUUAAUUCUGAAUCCUUCCAAACAUUAACUUUUCCCUUUUUCAGGAACUAUCAUGGGAGUCGAUGUCGCCAUGAAUACCCAUCUCCGUGCCGUCACGAUGACAGUCAAAAACAAGGACCCCGUGAAGUUGGACACGCUGUCCAUCAGAGGUAAUUUUUCCAUCUUGCAUUUUUUGCAUAGUUCCAUUUUCAUGCUUCUAGGUAACAACAUCAGAUACAUCAUUCUCCCGGAUCCGCUGUCUCUUGAUACUCUUCUCAUCGACGACGAGCCGAGAAAGAAGGCCCGAGCUGCUCGUGCCGGAGGUAGAGUGUUUGUUUUGACGGUAUUCAGAUCUUUUCAUUUCAGCUUCUCGCGGGCGCGGACGCGGUGGAAUGCGCGGCGGAAGAGGUGGACGUGGUCGCGGACGCGGAGGACCACGUGGAGGCGGACCUCGUCGUUAG